AUGAUUGGCUGCUGGCCAGCUCUUUGCAUCUUUGCUAUUCUUUGGCUUACACAGUACCUGUACCUGGUUUUUUGGCGUCUAUUCUGUUCCCCCUUGGCCAAAUUCCCAGGGUCCAAGCUGGCUGCAGCAACAGGAUGGUACGAGUUUUACUUCGACUUUUGGAAACGAGGGAAAUACACGUUUGAAAUCGAGCGAAUGCACGCUUUGUACGGCCCAAUCAUUCGAGUCAAUCCGGAUGAGAUAUCGAUCCGCGACUCGAUGUUUUAUAACGAACUCUACGUGACUGGCAACCAGCGUCGUUCUGAGCACUAUGACGCAUUUGCCAGUGGCAUUGACUUUGAGGGUAGCUCUCACAUACUCACGCGCGAUCAUGACUUGCAUCGGCGGCGACGUAAACCCCUUGAUCCAUUUUUUUCCAGGAUUGGGGUACAACGUCUGAAGAGCAUGCUAGAAGAGAUGGUCCUGAAACUGGAAAGCCGGAUUCGAGACUACGAACGAUCACACCAAGUAAUACGACUGGACCACGCCUUCAGCGCAUUCAGUAGCGAUGUCAUGUGCCGUCUCUGUCUAGCCGAUGGCCCCAACGAGGAACCUCGUUCUGAUUUUCUCAGUCAUCCAGACUUCUCCCCCGAGUGGUUCAAUUGUCUCAACACCAUGAUAACGUCCCUACCACUAUUCACUGGCUUUCCUUGGAUCAUUCAAAUUAUCAAUCUGGUUCCCAUAGAUGUUAUACUCAAGAUAAUUCCUUCUGGAAAAGUCUUUGCGGACUUUCGCAAAUUCUCACUUGAGUCUAUCCUUAAGGCUAUCAGGUUGAAAGAAGAAAACGACCUCAAGGGUGUCAGAACGGAGGACCGGGGUUCUAUAUUUCUUCAUUUAGCAAACAGCGAUAUGCCUGCAAGCGAAAAGGCACCCGAGCGGCUGCUGAAAGAAGCUCAAGUACUGCUUGCUGGCGGCACUGCGACCACGUCGCACACCCUCGCAUUUGCCUGUUGCUAUGUAUUGUCUCGCUCGGAGCUCAGACAGAAGCUAAAAGAAGAGUUGCUGCUGCCUAUGGCAAGAUGGCCUUCCUACGUUCCUCCACAGGCUGAGCUUGAGAAGCUUCCCUUUCUGACUGCAAUUAUCAAAGAAUCACUUCGUCUCUCAUACGGUGUGAUGCAUCGUCUUCCGCGUAUCUCGCCUGAUGUACCAAUACAGUACCGACAAUACACUAUACCUCCAGGCAUCCCAGUCGGCAUGUCCAACUACUUCAUGCACACCGAUCCAGAUGUUUUCCCCAAUCCGUUGGAAUUCAGACCUGAGCGAUGGAUGACUAACGUCACUCCGGAAAUGCUUCGCAACUACGUGCCUUUUGGGCGAGGAUCGCGGAACUGUUUAGGUCAAUACCUUGGGUUGGCUGAGCUGUAUCUGGUCCUUGCCAUGCUAUUCAGACCUGACGGUCCAGCUCUACAGCUGUUCGAGACCGACGAGAGUGACGUUGUUCGGGCGCACGACUUUAUCCUAGCACUUCCAAGACUCGACUCAAAGGGACUUCGGGUUACGGUAAACUGA